AGGCUUUAAUAAGAGUUAAUUUUAAUUUAUUUUGUUUGGUGUUGCCUUUGUAAUAUUUAAUGUUUAAUGACCAAAUUAUUUUCGUUGUUUAUGGGGGACUUUUAUUUUGAAACAAAAUCAGCUUUUCACAACGCACGACGCUAAAGAGAAAAGGGGAAUGGGAGAGUGAACGCUUCAUGACGGCUUAAAACUCGUUCACGAAAGAGAUGUAACAAGUUUAUUUAGCAACCCCCCGAAAAGGCAUAAGCUCUUACGGUGAUUUCUGAAGACGAAAGGGAACAGAAAUAAAAGUCUGGAAACAUCAGUAAAAGUUUCGGCCAUCAUUCGGACGGGGUCCGCUACAGUAAGAGCUUUACCUUCGCUGGUUCAGAUCCUCGCCGCACGUGCUGACAGACGGAUUCAACGUGACUAAAGGAAAAUGGAUGGCAGUACGUCAGAAUCAGCGUGAUGGUCUACGGAGCUGCGACGCUGUGCUGUAGUCGGCAAGUUAAGUAUGGAAAUUGAAACAGAAGAACAAAUAACUGGAAGCCUGCUUCAGACAGAGACAGAAAAGGAAAGGGAUCUAAAUGGUGCAGAUAAAGAUAAAAUUGCUGCAGAACGCCAGUGUCAUGUACAAGACAGUGCAGAACUCCCUCGACGUUCCGAACGUACUUGUAUGCCUACGGAGAAAAUGCUUGCUUAUCAGAAAGAUGAAUGCUGUAAGAAAGAAAAAAGGUUAAUAACUUUGUAUGAGCAAUGGAAGUUAGAUGCCCGUAAAGCAAGACAGACCUUAAAAACAGACAUAACUGAUAAGCAACUGGCUGAAAUUGCUGACUCUCUUGAGGAUAAAAGGAACUGUAUUCUGAAACUUUUCAGUGACAUAAGACAAUAUGUUACACCUGCUGCUGAUUUAAGACGUAAAAUUGAUGCAUGUGAAGCUGUGACCAAUGAUAUCAUCAAAUUUGUGUAUGACAGAAUGACAACUGUAGAUGGCGAGUUUGAUGCAGAGAGAGAAAAAGUUCGUCUAAGUGAACUAAAAGCACAUAGUUAUGCUCGCUCUAUAUAUGGUUCAACUGCUUCAAAAAUGAGUGUCAGCAUGCACUCUGGAUCUUCUAGUUCUGCAAGCAAACGUGCAGAUGCUGCAGCAGAGCUGGCUGCAAAAGAGGUUGAAUACAAGAUGAUGGAAACGGAAAGACAACAAAAGGAGAGAAUAAGAACCUUAGAAGAGCAACUCAGAAGAGAGUUAGAAACUCAAAAGUUUGAGCUAGAACGGCUGCAGGUGGAAAAGGAUAUUGAAGUUGCUCGUGCCAGAGUAAAAUCCUAUGAUGAAGAAAUAAAACAAGAGACAAGAAGUGAGUCAACACAGAAUAAACAAGAAGAGCAGAGAAACAAAAUGUUACAUCAGCAAAGCAAUGUUGUACAGUCAACACCUCUAAGUGAAGUAACUCAUCUUGCUCAAGCAGUUCAGGACAGUAUAGCCAUUAACAGGUUACCCAUACCUGAACCCGCAGUGUUCAGCGGAGACCCAAUUCAGUUUGUAAACUGGAAAGCGUCAUUUAUGUCAUUAAUAGAUAGAAAGGGCAUCCCAGCAGCUGAUAAACUCUAUUAUUUAAAAAAGUAUGUGAGUGGCUCAGCACACAAAUAUCUUGAGGGCACCUUUUUUCGAAAUGACGAAGAAGCCUAUAAAGAUGCUUGGGACAAACUAAACCAAAGAUACGGCCAACCCUUUGUCAUUCAAAGAGCGUUUCGGGAUAAACUUUCCAAGUGGCCGAAAAUACAAUCCAAAGAUGCAGAAAGUCUGAGAACAUUUGCAGACUUCCUUAAUGCCUGUUUGCAAGCCAUACCUCAUGUUAAAGGUCUGGAAAUAUUAAACGAUUGUGAAGAGAACCAAAAGCUCAUACAGAAACUUCCAGAUUGGGCAGCUUCCAGAUGGAACCGUCAGGUCACUACAGCCCUCAUGGAUGGAAAGGAGUUUCCAAGCUUUCAUGACUUUGUCAAUUUCAUGUCAGCAGAAGCAGAAAUCAUGUGUAAUCCCAUCACUUCAUUGCAUGCUCUUCAUUCUCGUGAGUUACCUCAAGACAGAAGGAUCUCAAAGGAAAUCAAAGGAAACAAAGCAAUUGUCUUUAAGACUGAAACAAUUGUAAACAAUGACAGACAAACAGCAGUUAAAGAACAGUUAAAAGCACAGUGCAUGUUGUGUGAAGAUGACAAACAUCAGCUUCAUAAGUGCCUGAAAUUCAUGGAGAGGUCUUUAAAGGACAGAAGGGCCUAUGUGAAAGAUAACAAACUCUGUUAUGGGUGUUUAAAACCAGGCCACUGUGCAAAGGAAUGUCGCAAAUCGACACACGUGUGA